GAAACGCGGCGAACAACCGAAACACUAUGGCAUUGGCAAUGGCAGCGCUUGUAGCCCGCCUUCAGUGUGUGAGUCGCGAUAAACGCGAGCGAAACGGGCGGCGCAACUGAAGACCGCGCGUACCGACCGACCACACGCACACCACCGCACCACAUACCAUAUACAUAUACGGGCGAGAGAGCGCAUGCUCUCCGCCACACACACGUUUCUUGCCGUUUCUCCGCUUUGUGGCGCCGCGCGAGUUUUGUCGCAGCAGCAAACACGCAAUAAAAGUUCAAAAACAGUUGAAGUAUACCGCGACGCGAGUAAAAAUCUUUCCUUCGACGUCGUCGCUGUUCGUUGUAGUAGUUGUUGUUGUUGCUGUUUCUAUAGUGUGUUCCGUUCCGCGAAUUUUCAUGUGCAUUUAUAUAUGUACAUAUAUAUGCUUGUAUAUAUGACUAGCCAAAAGAUUCUCUGCCACAGUUCGGCACUUCAUCUAUGAAAAAACUAUGCUAUCCGUGCGAUCCGACUUGUUUGAGAAUACGAAAAUAAACUACAGUGAUAUUAACUUUACAUUUCAAGUUGGAUCGCGCCAAGGCUCGAGACUUAUUUACUCUUGCGACGACAAUCAGUUGUAUUGCAAAAACAAGAAGUUUAUAAAUGGGGACACAACCUACACGUGCCGCAUCAAGAGCUGCAAAGCGCGAGUCUAUUUAUCGGAGGAUGAAACACGUGUUUUCUCCUGUGAGGACCAUCUCCGCCAUAGCCAUGGAGCCCAGGAUAUCGAGAUAAAGAAAAUCAUUGCUAUCGAAGAAAUCAAGAACAGGUGCAAGCUCACUAACACAGAUUUGAAACAAAUUUUCAACGAAGUAAUGGCCGAUUACUGUGUUUAUUUAUAAAUUUAUAAAUCAAAAUCAGAAGAACGCCAUGUUAUCUUACUGUUUUAUUCAUGUUCUAUAUUUCCUACGAUAAUUGCAAACGGACAUUGCAACGCAAAAGAAAGGAAUUUGGGAAAAAAAUCCGAGGAAAAUCCUUUUCGAAAACGUCGAUUACGUGACCCCGAGCCACUAAAUAAUGGAUGCAGCGACUUUUUCCACAAGCGAGAUAUUUUGCAUUGGUGGGAUUAAUAAUAAUAACUUCUAAGAAGUUGCAAAAACAAAAUGACCCAAUUCUAAUGAAAUGUAUUUACUUACAUAUAAGACUGAACUAUGCUUUUCUUAAGCAAAAUAAGAAUCUCCUAUAUAUAUUUUGAAAACUGUGAAAUGUUGUAUUAUUUUCAAAAGCUAUGAACAACUAAGAAAAUAAUGUAUUCUAGGCUGCGUAGAAGAGCCAAGUGUCUCAGUUGCCGAUCUCAUAAAAAUAAACAUUAAUGUACAAA